GUUAUUGCGACCUUUCAACUUUGACAGCUCUCGUAUUUGGUAAGGACACAGCUCUGGUGUUGGUCUUCGUCGUCAAGACGACGAGUCUGUUUCCGCUUCCUGUGGACCAGAAAAAAAAAGUCUGAAAUCUUCUUGGGAUUGGAUUUCUGCUUGCUGCAAACAAGGCUUUUAUUCAAAAUAAAAUAAAAAAUACGAAGAUAAAUACAUUCCUACCGUUAUAGGUUUGCUACCAUGAAGAAGACUGGUAAAAUAUAAAUCGGUUUAAUACAACACGAUAUAUGUAUUUUAAGAACAUCAGUAAUAGCGAAAUUUCCGCAGUCAGCAGGUAUUGUUGUUAUUUUCUUGGGGGGCCUGUGAAAAAUGGAAAAGGAAGAAUCCGACAGUCUAAUAGAGAAAGCAAAGCUGUGUUUGCGGUCCGGACGAAGAGAUAAAGCGCUGCAGUUAUUAUACAAAGCACAGAAAUUGUACCCAAGUACGAGGGCACGAGCUUUAAUAGAUGCAAUCACACAGAAUGGGAGUGCAGCUGGUGGAGGGAGUAGCAUUCCUGAAUAUCAAGGAAGGAGGAAGCCUGGUAAUGAAGACGAGCCUGUACAUGGGACAGGGGGGGACGCUCAGAGCUACACUGAAGAGCAGGUGCAGGGCGUUCACAGGAUAAAGAAAUGUAAGGAUUAUUAUGAGAUCCUGGGUGUAACCAAAGAUGCCAGCGAUGAAGAUUUGAAGAAAGCCUACAGGAAACUGGCACUGAAGUUUCAUCCAGAUAAAAACUGUGCCCCUGGUGCAACAGAUGCAUUUAAAGCAAUAGGCAAUUCGUAUGCAGUCCUCAGCAAUCCAGAGAAGCGCAGGAGAUACGAUCAGUUUGGGGAUGAGCAGCAGAUGGAGAACACAGCGCACACAGCACACCACCACAACUUCUACAGGGAGUUUGAAGCAGACGUCACACCAGAGGAGUUGUUUAAUAUAUUCUUUGGAGGAAGGUUUCCUACAGGAAAUAUCCAUGUGUAUACAAACAGAGGAGCAUCGUUCAGUCAUUAUUACCAACCCCGUCGUCAUCGAAUGAAUGAGAGGAGGGAGGAGGAAGCAGAAGAAAAUAGAAGCCAGAACACUUUCACAGCAUUUCUCCAGCUGUUACCAGUGCUAGUGCUCAUAUUCAUCUCCGUCAUAACCCAGCUGAUGGCAUCCAAUCCUCCCUACAGUUUAUUCUAUAAACCCGCUUUAGGUCUGGUUGUGUCAAGAGAAACACAAAACUUGGGAGUGCCAUAUUACGUGGACAAAGGAUUUGAAAAGGAAUACCAAGGAGCCUCACUAAGAGAGCUAGAAAGCACUAUUGAGACCGAUUACAUUGAUUACCUUCAAACCAGCUGCUGGAAGGAUAAGCAGCAAAAAACUGAUUUGGCCAAUUUAGGGAGAUUAUACAGGGAUGAGCGACUGAAGCAGAAAGCAGAUUCAAUGAAGCUUGAAAACUGUGAAAAACUGAACAGGCUGAUUGGGAGGCAAAGAGGGGAAUGAAACAGGUGUCCCUGCUCAAUUCAGGCUGAGCCUUGAAUCCUCCUCCUCUUGUCAGGGCAGUGGGAUUUCAAUUCAAAUCAUUUCAAGUUUGUAAAUAUGUUAGAUUGCACACAACGUUAGCUUCAUCUUAGAUUGAAUGACUGGUGAACAUAUUUCAAGGUGUGUAGAUGGUGAAUGAGGUUUGUCACCCUGACAGAGAGAGAUACAGCAUUCUCUUUGUGUGUGUGUGGUUUGCACCUGUUUGAAAAGGAAAUCCCUUUUAUUUUCCUUAUAUUAAGGAAUAGCAUUACUGUAAGCAUCCAUUGCUUUUCUUGUAACUUAUUUGCGCACACACACACACUGCUAAAAUAACUUGAUGUUACGUUACUCAUCACAGUCCAUUUAUAUUCUGUAGUAAGUUAGCAUGAGGACAAAUACACAAAAGACAUGUUUGUUAUGUUUCAUAUUUUUGUCUCAGGAAUGUGGCCUAGUUCAAACAAUUCAUGACUCGUUUUAGGAAAAGUAACACUUUUUUGUGUCUUCAAACAAAAUCUGCUUUUGGUAAUGUGUUUUUUCCCUUCCCUCAGUUUAAAUCAGAAGUCGUACAACCAAAGCUUUAGACGCUUCCUCAGCACUCAUGAGCAUAGCUAUCAUCCCUAAUGGUUGUUGUGACUGUUAUGUAUGUGAAGCCCACCUGCAUUCCUCUCCCAUGCCCUUCUUGUGUUACAGUAUAGGACCCUGCAUCGUUUCCAAUGGGGUGGGGUUGCUCUGGUCCCAUUAUCAUUAACGCAGUGUUGAGAUCCUGUAUAUGGGCUUCUCCUCACGCUAUGCCAAUGACAAAGAACAAUGUGAAAUCCUUGCUUGAACACAUUUAAGCAUCUUUAUUUGGAUUGGCGGUGAUGUGUUCCCUAUACUUUAGAUCUAGGAAAUUGUGGAAUUCGAUGACUUUGUAUUCUUGUGUAUCGUGUUGUUUUCCUUUUCCCAUGCGAGGUGUUGGUUGUCGUCCGUGUCGCUGCCUCUAUUAAGCAACCACUUCUGAAGUAGAAAUUAAACAAAUGAAUUAUGUACCAUAAUGAACACCCUUUUAAUAGAAAUAUUUGUAAAUGACAAAGGCACAUAUGGACAAUAUUACAUCAGACAAUACCUGUAACAAGUACUGGGACAGGGGAUGGGUAUUGCCUGUUUUGCCUCGCUUGCUUCCUCAUUAAAAAACUAUAAUCAUACAAUGCAGACACAAUACAUUGUAAUACCACAUUGGGAUAGUCACCUUGGCAGAAACCUGUUAUAGGGUUAAAAUAAACACCAAACCCCAUGGAUUAUUCAGUCUCAGUACUUGGAGGGCAGUGUAUGAUGUGAUGCUGGGUGAUUUAAAACCUUCACCCAUCAUUCUUGUUGAUGUACUCUGAUCUUAAACCUCUCCUGUCUUCACAUUUCUGAAUUCCAGCAUGUUCAGACACUUCUACCCAAUCCUUCCUUUAUAUAUUUGUGUGUAUCUGUCCACUGAGUCAGUGGCCACAGCGGGGUGCAGAGCUAGCAGGAGUGUCGCCUCACCUCUCUGUAAGCAGACGAGCACAUUUCAGUCCUGCCCAUUCAGUCAUGAGCCUGUCAUAAGCAGCUGCCAGCUGCCAGCUGUACUGAAUUGUGUGGUGUUUGUGUGGCGAGGUUGAGAUCACUAACCUCAUUUUGAUCCAGAGGUGAAAGGCACAAGAGGCUAGUGAAUUUGCACACAUCUUUAUCAAACCCAUUCAGCCUCUUUUGCUCCUUUUCAGUCUCUGCACUUUAUAUAAGCUAGAAAUGUGAUACCUGUAAAUGUAUAUGUACAUUUUGUAAAAAAAAAAUGUAUUUAUUUAAAGUGUACAUGGGUUAACCCCCUUUGGACAGGCAUGGUGUAAAAAAGACAAUUUUAUUGUGUAAAUGUUUCUGCUAUGACUGGUCAAAAACCCUUCACUGAUAAGGAUGGAAACUGUUUCUUAAGACAUUAAACAUUCUGUCUGA